UUUAGGUUAUGAAAUCUGGCAAAACGAUUUUUAGGUUAGUAAACAACAGCAUUCACUGAAUUAUUGAAUUUAUGAUCACUAUUAGCUUUAUUUUUUAUGAAUAAUAAACGUAGAAGUAAUGUUUUUAUCAAUUUCUAAUGGAUGACGCACACAAUCAAUCAAUAUCGUCAGGUUUAGCUUUAAUCAGUAACUAUGAAAGUGAAGAUUGUGAUAGCGAUGAGGAAAAUGAAGUGAUUCGACUUGACAAGUCAGAAUGUAAUACGUCCAGAGAAAGAUUGCCCGCUCCAAGUGCCCUUCUGCAAACUACUAAGACUGAGGAUUUUCAUGAAGAUAAUCCUUUGUUACACGAUGGACGAGUCAGAUCCUUUCCACAUGUCAGAGGCAAUUGGUCUACCCUUGUCUAUAUAGCUUAUGAACACAAUGACGUCCUGGAUGAAUUUAUCACUAACUUAAAACUCACAUUAGGUGAUAAAAUCAAUCUGAGGCAAAUAGAUAACUUGCACAUUAGUCUUUCGAAAACAGUGGUACUGUUGUAUCACUGGAUUAAUACAUUAGUGGAAUCGUUACAGCUACAGUUCCAAACUUAUCCAAGAUUUACAUUGCAGUUUGGGGAACUGGAGGUUUUCUGUAAUGAAACAGAAACAAGGACGUUUAUUGGCAUGAACAUCCUUGCUGGAAAUGAAGAACUCCUGAAUCUAGUCAAAAUGGUCGACUCGUGCCUUACAGAAUUCAAACUUGAUACUUUCUAUGAGGAUAUACUAUCCUUCCUAAGGUCCAAACAGAACUUAUGGUCAAGGUUUAGCUUCCGAUUCCGUUCGAUACCAUUAAUAAGCUGGUAAUGAUAGAAGCAUUUGGAUGUCAUCGUGCUGAAACUAUCGAGGAGCCGAAAUUUCAUCUGAGCAUUGCGUGGUGUUUAGGGAAUAAAAUGAGCGAAUUGAAGACUGAAUUGCCCAGGUUGAAUGAACUCUGCAACCAUUUCAUUGUAAAUAAUCCUGAUUUCAUAUUGAAACAAGUUGAUAGUAUUUGCUGUAAAAGUGGAAAUAAGUUUUUCACUUUCCCUUUGAAAUAAAACAAUCUUCUAUUUCAA